GAGGUUAUAAUUUUCGUAACAAACAAACAACGAUUCCAGUUAAAUAAAAGCAGAUCUGAAUAAAGAAUACAAAAUACACGAAUUACAAACUUUAAAUUUUUUUGAACUGUAAGGAUAGAAGUUAUCAUUUCAGCCAAAAGAAAAAUGGAUUUCUCUUUCUGGUCUGGGAUAGGAUGUGGUAUUUGUAUCGGCAUCUCAUUGAUGGCGCUAAAACAAUACUUUGGGACGUUUUCUAAAGCUACUAAAGCUGUAAAGAAGUUUGCAUCAAACUCUGAAUACAAACUCGUGUUAGUAGUAAGGACGGACUUGAAUAUGGGAAAAGGUAAAAUAGCUGCACAGUGUGGUCAUGCGGCUGUCGGGGCCUACGAAAAAGCUCAGAAACGUGAUCCAGAUGGCCUGAAGGCCUGGCAAAUGACCGGUCAAGCCAAGAUCGCUCUCAAGACAGACUCCGUAGAUGAAAUAAAACAAAUAGCUGAUAAUGCAAAGAAGAUGGGUCUUGUAACAUCAUUAAUAAGGGAUGCAGGACGGACUCAAAUAGCUCCCAACUCUAUUACAGUGCUUGGUGUUGGACCAGCACCGAAAGACAUUGUAGACAAAGUGACCGGGCAUUUAAAACUGUUGUAAAUAAACAUUUUAUAAUAAA